GUGGUGUGGUUCAAAACUUGACUGACAUGUGCUGCAGUAUCCUUUGUCACUUCAAAAUCAUGUACGGGGGACACUGAAUUGGCUUAGUGUGCGUUGCACUGGCUCUGGCAUGCUACCCCUGAAUUGCUGCCGGUCAAUCAAAUGUGAGGCCAUUGCUGUGAGCGCUUAAGAUGGAAGAGGAAGAUCUCAAGGAACGUCAGGAGAACGAGAUGAAAGUGCUACAGUCGAUGUUUCUGGAUGACGUGAAGGACUUGCGGAAGAACGACAAAUGGAAAAUGUGGCGUCCGCCCGAGCUGUUGAUCACUCUAAGGCCUCAGCAGAGUAUGACACCCUUCCAAGCGCACGUGCAAGUGGAUCUUCACGUCAGGUGCAGUAGCCAGUACCCGAACGAUGUGCCGUAUGUGGACGUGUGCAAUCAAAAGGGGCUGUCAAAGCAAGCCCUGGAAGAACUUCGGAAGGAACUGCAACAGCUGACAAAACAACUCGUUGGGGAGGUCAUGGUGCUUGAGCUUGCCCAGCAUGUGCAGUGGUUUCUUCGUCAGCACAACACUCCCGAACGUGGUUCCUUUUACGACGAAAUGCUCAAAAAUAAAGAGAAGCAGGAGGCGGAGAAGGCGCGCGAGCAGCAGCAACAGCUAAACCAGCAACGGAUAGAAGAGGAAAAACAGAGACAGGCUUUUGAGCUCGAGAUAUUGCGUCAUCGUGAGGAGAUGAAAGUGGAAGCCAGGAGGAGGCGCACUGAUUCCAAGGCCUCUGAGAGUAAAGAGCGCACCAACUGCGUGCAUAAACCUGAGCUGCUCAGUUUCUUCUCAAAGUCUGCUGAGUACACAGUGCAAAAGGGUGCUUGCCUUGGUCACAGUGAUCGGGGACACAGUACAUUCGGCGGCUUUGACUCGACUACAGGUGAACUGGUGUGUAUUAUACAGUGGACAUUGAAAACAGACUAUCAUGUGGCGACUGUUGAGCAAGAGCUACAAACGCUUAUGAAACUAAAGCAUACAAACCUAGUCCACUACUUAGGUAGCUUGUAUAUUCCUGAGCAACGAACUUUUUAUGUACUGCAGGAAUUCGUUAAAGGCUGCCCAUUAAGUUCUUUCAUAGCUCAAGGCAUUCCGCUUGAUGUGGCCCUCUUGCGUAACUACACAACUGGCAUCCUUCAGGCAUUGCAUUACCUCCACUGCAACUCUGUUGUGCACAAGGAUCUCAAAGAAUCUAGUAUUUUUGUUGACAGCUCUGGUGUUGUAAAGGUAGCUGAUUUUAGCAUACCAAGGAAAAUUGUAGAUUUGUGUCUACCAGCCUCCUAUGAGGCAGGACCUGCCUGCAAAUCUAAAAAGAAGAAUGACAUUUUGCUGUUUGGAAAAGUUCUUCUGUCCUUGCUUCGUGGAGAACAUGCAACCAGUACAGAUUUACCUAGCAGUCUCUCCUUGGAUUGUCGAGAUUUCCUGGAGCAUUGCUUGGCUACACAAGAACAAGACCGAUGGUCAUCACGAAAGGCUAUUGGUGAAAAUGAGGCUGCCCUGUGAUGGUAGCUGAGUGGCUCUAGCGCUGCAGGGCUACGCUGGAUGUUACAAGUACGAUCCCGACAAUGGCAGCCAGUGAAGUACAAGAACACUCAUUUACUCAGAUUAUGCAUACCCGUGGCAUGCCUUAUUAUCAAAUUGUGCUUUUUGCAAUGAAAUCCCACAAUUUAAAUUUUUCUUUUAAGGCUGAGGUACCUGAUCGUCCUGUUUAGUGCGAAGCAACUUCGAUGUGUGAAUCUUUCGCAGGGCUUUCAAGUUUCGCAGGGCUUUCAAGUGUGGACCCCGA